AUGAAAUCCAAAUGGGUCUUUCACUUCCACAACCUCACCUCUCACUACUUCUCCCCCUCCUGGCUUUCUUCUAUCUCCUCUCUUUUCAAGAACCCUAUUUCCGAAACCUCGCCAUUGGUCCUCAACCAUGUCGAUGUAACUCUGCUUCUUUCCUUCUGUGGCAAAAAUCGUCACUUUCAAUUGGGUUCUUCCCUUCAUGCAUCUAUCAUUAAGAACCCUGAACUUUUCGAGCCCGAGAAUCGCAAUGUCGUUGUACUUUGGAACUCUUUGCUUUCCAUGUACUUGAAAUGUGGGCAGUUGUGGGAUGCGGUUAAGGUGUUCGAUGAAAUGCCUGUGAGAGAUACGGUUUCGUGGAACACUGUGAUAUCGGGGUUUUUGAGGAAUGGGGAGCCUGAGACUGGUUUUGGGUACUUCAAGAGGAUGUUGGAGUCAGAUUAUUGUCGAUUUGAUAAAGCUACUUUGACUUGCCUUAUAGCGGGUUUUGAUGGGGUGGAGGGUUGUUACUUGAACAAGAUGAUGCAUGGUUUGGCGGUUUUGAAUGGAUUUGAGCGGGAAACUGCAGUGGGGAAUGCUUUGAUAACAUCUUACUGUAAAUGUGGGUGCUUUGGCUCAGCAAGGCGGGUUUUUGAUGAGAUGUUUGAGAGGAAUGUAAUUACGUGGACUGCAAUGAUUUCGGGCCUUGCACAUUAUGGUUUCUAUGCUGAGAGCUUGAAGUUGUUUGCGGAUAUGCUUGGUGGUGUGGUGGAACCGAAUGCUAUGACGUUUUUGGGCUCACUUAUGGCAUGUUCUGGAUUGCAGGCAAUAAGGGAGGGGCGUCAGAUCCAUGGCCUUGUAUGGAAAUUGGGAGUUCAAUCGGACCUGUGUGUGGAGAGUUCAUUGAUGGACAUGUAUUCAAAAUGUGGUAGUGUGGAAGAUGCAUGGAGAAUCUUUGAGUCCACUAAAGAACUUGAUGAGGUUUCCAUGACUGUUAUCCUUGUGGGAUUUGCACAGAAUGGGUUUGAGACAGAAGCUAUCCAGAUUUUUGUGAAAAUGAUGAGGGCAGGGAUUGAAAUUGACCCAAACAUGGUUUCAGCAGUUCUUGGAGUAUUUGGUGUUGAUACUUCUUUAGGUCUGGGAAAGCAACUACACUCUUUGAUAGUCAAGAAGAAUUUUGGUUAUAAUUCUUUUGUCACCAAUGGGCUAAUAAAUAUGUACUCCAAGUGUGGAGAGCUGGAGGAUUCAGAAAAAGUGUUCACUCAAAUGCCUCAAAGGAAUUCAAUUUCAUGGAAUUCAAUGAUUGCGGCGUUUGCCCGUCAUGGAGAUGGCUCCAAAGCAUUACAACUGUAUGAAAAUAUGCAAAUGGAAGGCGUACAACUGACAGAUGUUACAUUUCUGUCUCUACUUCAUGCUUGUAGCCAUGCUGGCUUGAUUGAAAGGGGCAUGGAAUUUCUGAACUUUAUGAAAGAAGAACAUGGGAUGAGUCCAAGGCCAGAACACUAUGCUUGUGUUGUUGACAUGUUAGGUCGGGCAGGACUUUUAACUGAGGCUAAAUCUUUUAUUGAAGGACUACCUGAAAAUCCUGGGAUACUUGUUUGGCAAGCAUUACUCGGUGCUUGUAGCAUUCAUAAAGAAUCUGAUAUUGGGAAAUAUGCUGCAGAUCAGUUGUUUUUGACAGCACCGCAGUGUCCCGCACCAUAUGUUUUGCUUGCCAAUAUAUAUUCUUUUGAAGGAAGGUGGAAAGAGAGAGCAAAGACUAUUAAGGGGAUGAAGAAGAUGGGAGUGGCAAAAGAAGCGGGUAUUAGUUGGAUUGAAAUCGAAAAGAAAGUUCAGAGCUUUGUUGUUGGUGAUAAAAUGCAUCCACAAGCGGAGAUCAUUUAUAGGCUCUUGGCAGAUUUGCUUAGACUUAUGAAGGAUGAAGGAUACGUACCGGAUGAGAGGUUUUUACUUUAUUACUUGGAUCAAGAUGAAAAGAGAUGA